UCCUGGGAAAGAUGUCGUCAUUUGCAAGUACCCAUCGAGUCCCACAGUUGUUUUGGGUUCUCUCUCGUUUGUGUUUCUUAUAGCUUCAUCUGUAUUUGGCUACUUGUCAGUCUUUUACCCUUACAGAGGAAAACAGGUUCCGCAGUCCAUUUUGUUUAAAAGCAUGAACUUCACCAUCUUCUUCAACGUUUCUGUGUUUGCAGCUGGAAUGGGAGCAAUGUUUCUAUUAUGGCCAACCAUCACAGAGCAACUUCACCGGUCACACAAUGUCCAUCAUAACCUCGAAACAGAAUGUCCCACAGCUAAAACAGGCCUCCUUGGUGGUGGUGCUUUUGUGUCCUUGGAUGCAGCUCUCUUAUGGAUGGUUGCCCUUAUGUUAGCUAUCAAUGCUAGGGAAGAUUUCUUAGACGAACAAAAAGAGGACCAUUUUAAGGGUGGAGACGACCAUGUUAUCACAACCAAUAUAUGAGAUAAUGUGUGUGGGUGAUGCUUGAAAAUGAAAAA